UUCUAUGUUCAGUAUAUGAAAAUUCAAUUCGAAUGCCAAAAUGUCUGAAAUACGAGAUGAAAAAAGUACGAUCACCUCAGAUGCAUCAAUUGAGCAAGAGCACGAUAUUCUCUUCAAAUAUGCCGAGAAUUUUCGUAGUGGCUAUUUGGACAGCUACAAAAUUUGCAAACAGAGAAAUUUGAACCCCGAAUAUCGUUUGGCGAAAUGUAAUUGUGAUAUUUGUGUGGGACAAUUCAAAAACUCUAAGGAGUGUCAAUGCUUGUAUUGCGAUCUGGACAGAGAGCUUACAUACUAUUUCUUUCAUAAGAUAAUGGAGGAAGUUUGCAUUGAAAGUUAUGAGCCGAUGGCUUCUGUAAACGAAGGAAAGUUAACUAAUCGAAACUAUGACGAUGACGAAGAGGGAAGAGAUGAUUCCAUCAAUUAUGAAGCUAGAGUCUCAUUCAUCGAUACUGGAGGAAUUGAAGCUAAGCUAGAAACGGCAGAAUCAAGUUCUCAAAGUGAAGAAAUCAAAGUUUAUUACGCACAAAGAAGACGAUCUACAACCAGGAGAAAGAGCAAUAUCAGCGAAAGUAAAUUGACCGGUAAAAAAAAUCGGUCAUCUUUAGUAACCAGAAGAACGUCAUCAGUAGGAGUAGAAUCAGUCACUAACUCGAGGAAAACGUCGGAAAAUAGCCAAAAAAAGAACCCCAAAGAUCAUUCGAACGUUGACCGACCAUCAUUAGAAAAAAAAAGAAGACGAAGUAGCUCAAUAUCGAAUACAGCUGUAUUAUUAGCUGCCCAUCUUCAACCAAUAACUGAAGACAACCAUAUGGAAACUUCGCAUGAGAAAUUGAUCUCGACGACCAACUUCGAAUACGAUUGGUUGGUGAAACGAGAUGAAAAAAUGGCCAAAAUCACCUUCAAGAAUGGAAACAGAUACGAGGGUGAAGUUUGCGACAGGUUACCUCAUGGCAAAGGGACUUUCUAUUGGGCUGAUGGCACAAUUUACGAGGGUGAUUUCGAGGAGGGAUCACCAACCGGAAGGGGAAGAAUGCAACUUCCGGACUUCACCGAAUACACAGGGAUGUUCUGCAAGGGUUUCUUCCACGGGAAUGGCGUUUAUAACAUUCGAGCUACUAGUAUGGUUUAUAGCGGUCAUUGGAAAUAUGGGAAAAAGCAUGGUUUUGGUUGGUUGCUUUACGAUUCAGACGUAUGGUAUGAAGGCGAAUUCCAAGACGAUCUCAGAGAUGGUAACGGAUUCUUCCAUUUCAAGGAUAGGAGCUGCUACCAAGGACAAUAUUCGAAAAAUAAGAGAGAAGGACGCGGUGCAAUGCGCUGGUCAAAUAAUGAUAUUUACAUUGGACAUUGGUCCGAUGGGAUUAUAAAUGGUCUUGGAGAAUACGCCUGGAGAACAGAAUACAACGAUUUCUUCUCCUUCCCUGUACAGCAUUACUACAAAGGCUCUUGGGUUAAAGGAAAAAGAACUGGCACUGGCAUCAUGUUCUUCGGCAACGAGAACGGGGCGAAGAUGGCCGGAUUCUUCCAGGACAAUUUCAAGCACGGAGCCGCCGUGGUGAUCUGCGGAAACGGAAAGAGCAUCGAGAAGAACCCCCUCUUCUACAACGACAAACCUCUGCACAUGCCCACCUCUAACGAGGACAUAGCCAAGGAAAGCUCUUCGGUGACGUUCAACGAGCAGGCAUUCCAGUCGAUGAUGAAGAACGGGAUAUCCGAAAAACAAUGGCCGACAAGGAAUCGCACCUCGCAGGUCAACGCGCUGCUGGAUUACGCCAAACAGGAGAAGGGAGCUCUGUGUUGUCCAAUAGAGAUUCAGAUCCAUUCACCACCAGACGACAUAGAUUUGAACUUCUACAUCGAGAGAGCUAUGAGUAUGUAUGUUAACGCCUUCGACACGAUACAAUUCGAUAUAGAAUCAACAGAAACAACUUCCAGCGCGAACGCGUCGAAGCUGCAGCUGUCCAAGUGGAACCUGUUCACGCCGAACAGCAGCGCCGUUCCUUCUAAGAUGGUCAAGUCCUACGGGCAAGAGAGCCCGGCGAGACAAUCGCUGAUACCGAACGUGCCAGUCUUCAACAAAUCCGAGACCAGGUUCCAGUCGACCGUGAGAACGGAAGAGAAGUACUUGAGGAACGUGGUCAUCCGGUAUCUGCCGAAACUCAUUGAGGUCUAUUACCAUUACGCUACGAUUACGUCACGAGAAAAAUCAUACUUCAAGCAUUACAUGAUCAGAAUGUUCUUAUGGCAGUUCUACCUCGAUAUUGGAAUCACUAAAAUCGGAAUACCUCUUGUGGAAAUAGAUAAACUAUUGGACGAAAAUCCGGCAAGUUUCGUCGAGUCCUGUCAUCAUCCUUUCGAACACAUCUACUUCUUUCAGUUCAUCCAGUCCCUAAUGGGCGCCGCGUUGUUGGUCCACCACAAGAGCAGGGAGGAAAUCCAGUCUGCCGAAGGGCUCACGCCGUAUAUUCUCCAGAAAUUCUUACUGGACAGAGUUUUCGUUUACGCUGGAUCUCAUACAGGGAGAUGUCUAUUCGAGUACAAAGACAUUUUGUCCAUCAAAAAUGUGUACGCAUUGUACUUGAAACUGGGAGAGCCACACACGGCAAGAACGUUCUUGAACGCCACAUGUACGAAAAAAGAAGAAGAACCACCCUGCUACAAGUCAUGGUCUAAAAACAAAUGCUUGCAUGUAUCGAAAUCCCUAGGAAAAAAUAUCAAUAUAGUAGGACAUAACUUCUUCUAUAUGCCAGAAAAGGAAGCGAUUGGCGAGGCAGUUCAGGAGCCUAUGGAAAUACCAGAAAACGUUGAUCCAUUUUUUCAAGACCUAACUGCAUUUCGGGAACUUGGGGCCGAUGUAGUAGCGAAAUGUCUUUGUACGAUAUGUCCUCCCAUACUGAAGAAUGGCAUAAUCUGUAAUAUGGAUUAUUGCCUGACUUUUUUGGAGUUCUACGAAGUUCUAAUAGUUUGCGCCCUCAUGCUUAUUGUACGGACUGAGAAAAAGAAGGAGGUUUUCAGACUUUUGAAAUCCAAAGAAACUAAAAGCGAAGAAAUGGAAGAGACGCAAGAUUUACACUUGAGAAAAUCGUCUGGAAAACUCAAGAAAAAGAAGUGAUUUUAUGUAUAUUUAAGCAAAAACACUGCCAAAUGAUGAAAAUGACAUAUCAGAGGAAAAAAUUCAGGAGCCGAAAAGUAGGAGGAAACUUAACUCAAGAGGUUUCCUCAGAUCAUUAUUAUGCUGUCUUGGGGG